AUGGCAGUCGCUACUCGAGGGGGUAAGCAAACCAUUGAUCAACCUAUGCCGGCUGGUGUGGAAGAUGACGUGAGAAAAGAUGAUGAGGUAGUGAAAGUUAGUGGUGAGUUGGUAUACAAAGCAGUGAAAGAAGCAGAGAUACCCCAAAAGGUGAUCCCCAUUCCUAGACCACCACCAUUCCCGCAAAGAUUGGUGAAGAAUACUGAGGAUGUGGAUUUUGAGGUGCAUAUUAUUCUUGGGAGGCCAUUUCUUGCUACCGGUCGCGUCUUGAUUAAAAUUGAAAAAGGGCAGAUGAAGUUAAGGUUUUUCAAAGGGCUAUUAGAGAAAUAUGGGGUUCGCCACAAUGUAACCACCCUAUACCUUCCACAAACUAGUGGGCAAGUUGAGGUGUCCAACAGAGAAACUAAGCAGAUCAUGUCAAAAAUGGUGGCUAAUAGAACGAAUUGGUCAAGGAGGCUUGAUGAUUCCUUUUGGGCUAAUCGAACUGCAUACAAGACUCGCAUAGGUAUGUUUACAUACAAACUUGUAUAUGGGAAUACUUGUCACUUACCGGUUGAGUCAGAGCACAAGGCCAUGUGGGCGAUGAAGAAAUUGAUGAUGGAUUGGAAUGAAGCAGUGGAACAGAGACUUAAUCGGUUUAAUGAGCUUGAUGAGUUUCGCCUCAAAGCAUAUGAAAGUUCAGCCCUCUAG